AUGGCCGAACCAGAGGAUGUUGAAGAAGAUCUCUUUGCCGACUUGUACGAUGCAGAUGAGACAACAAACCAAGCAGCUCCUGCCCCGGUAGCUUCCAACCCUACACCCUCCGAUGCGCCAGCUCAAGUUCUAGCGACUUCCGCUAUUCAGUCGAUCGAAGGGUAUGGGAAUGAGUCUGAAAGCACGCAUGGCACCUACCAAACCCCUAAAUAUGAAGGAGGCUAUCAAAAUGGAUCUGGCUUCGAUUCAGGGUAUCAAAACCAGGCUACUGGCCCGGCAGGAGAGCCGGAGCAGCAGGGAACUGGCAUCAAAGAAGAUGGGAAAAUGUUCAUCGGAGGGUUAAACUGGGAGACAACAGAUCAAUCGUUGAAGGAGUACUUCUCGCAAUUCGGAGAGGUACAGGAAUGUACCGUCAUGCGAGACAGUGCUACGGGUCGGUCCAGAGGCUUCGGUUUUCUGACUUUCAGGGACCCUAAGACGGUGAACACUGUGAUGGUCAAAGAGCAUUAUCUAGAUGGAAAGAUCAUCGAUCCGAAACGCGCCAUCCCACGUGACGAGCAGGAGAAGACAAGCAAGAUCUUCGUUGGUGGUGUCAGCCAAGAGGCCACUGAGCAGGACUUCAAACAAUUCUUUAUGCAGUUUGGUCGUGUGAUUGAUGCGACCUUGAUGAUCGAUAAGGAUACCGGCCGCCCUCGUGGCUUUGGCUUCGUGACGUUUGAUAGUGAGGCCGCGGUCGAAGCAGCGCUCUCGCGUCCUCUCGACAUCCUUGGUAAACCGAUUGAAGUAAAGAAGGCUCAGCCAAGAGGCAAUCUACGCGACGACGGGGAUCGUAGCCGUCGUGGUAGGGAUUUUAGGGAUGGUAGCCAAGGUGGAUCAGACGGCUCCCAGCAGCAAGCAGGUGUCCAGGGGCAAGGCGGCAUGCCCGGUGGGCUCACUCCUCAAAUGAUGGCCCAAUAUUGGCAACGCAUGCAACAGUACUUUGCUCUGAUGCAACAGCAAAUGGCAGUAGCCGCAACGCAGGGUCAAGGAAUGGGCGCCAUGGGAAUGGCUGGGAUGAAUCCGGCUUUGAUGCAGCAAAUGCAGAUGAAGCAGCUACAGCAAUUACAGAUGGGAAACAACCAGCAAUCACCUAGCAUGAGUCCUCCCGCACAGAGCCCGACUCCACAGUCAAUGCAGAACAUGAUGAACCCUGCUAUGAUGCAGCAAAUGCAACAGCAGAUGCAAAACCAAGGACAGGCAAACAACAUGGCGGGACAAAUGGGUGUGGGUGGUAAUGGUGGUGGGAACAUGAACAUGAGUGGCAACUAUGCUGCAGGAGCUAGAGGAGGACCAGGUUACAAUGCACACGAACAGAUUGCUUUUGAACAACAAAAGUACGAGCAACAGCAAGCUCGUCGGGCUAUGGAGAACCGAGGAUUCUCUCCCUAUCAGCAAGGUGGUCCGACAUCGUGGGAAGGCAUGUACGAUGAAGUGCCACAGCCCAACAUUCCUACGGGCCCCCAGGCCAUGAAUCGAUCUGGUAGCGUGGGACGCGGUCAAACUCCGCAGCCCCAAGGGGCCGCACCUGCAAACGCCCCGACCGGGCCUAAGAACGCUGGAAAGCCCGGCGCCAACUACCGUGGUGGGGGACGUGGAGGCCACCGAGGUUUCCAUCCUUAUGCGCGUAGCUAG